CUGAGUGCAGUUUUAGGUGCUAAUAGCAGCAGGUGGGCAGGCUGUACAUUAGUGGUGUUGCUGGCUUCAGCUGUUUUUCCUCAGGGGAUCUCCUCUCAGCCUGAUCCCAAACUGCUCUCGCUAAUCCCACCAGAGCAGGGGAAGAGUGCACGAGCAGCUAAGAAGUCCAGCUGGUUGGCGAGCCGUGCUAAGCUGCUAAGGAAGCUCGGUUGCACGAUGGACUUCAUCUUCCAGCUGCUUUUCUCGCCUCUGCCGGCCCAGGCCAUCGUCACGCUCUUUGCCAUCGGCGCGGCGACCCUGUUCUACCUCAACUCGCGGCCCAGUCCCCUCCGCAGCCCGGCUGACCUCAGCUGUCAGAGCAUCGGCAUCAAGGAUGGGGCCAGAAAAGCUGCUUUGUUGGAAGAUAACAACAACCUCACCACUUGCCUCUUUCCUGAUGCCCGGACGCUGUACGACGUGUUUCAGAGGGGUCUGAGAAUCUCAGGGAAUGGGCCGUGUUUGGGAUACAGGAAACCUGGAAGGCCUUACCAGUGGCUGAAGUACAAGCAGGUGUCAGAGAGAGCAGAGCGCCUGGGGUCAGGACUCCUCCACAAAGGUCUGAAUCCCAGCCCGGACACGUUUGUGGGCAUCUUUGCUCAGAACAGACCUGAGUGGAUCAUUAGCGAACAGGCAUGCUACACCUACUCCAUGGUAACGGUUCCCCUGUACGACACGCUGGGUGCUGAGGCUCUGGUGUUCAUUAUCACCCAAGCUGAGCUCUCCACUGUAAUCUGUGACAAUCAGAAGAAGGCAGAGGCGCUGCUCCAGAACUGUGAGAAAGGUCAGAUUCCUGUUCUUAAACACAUCGUCAUCAUGGACCCUUUCAGCCCUGAGUUGGUGGAGCGUGGAGUAAAGUGUGGGGUGGACAUCGUGUCUCUGGAGGACAUGGAGGAACUGGGAAAAAAUAACCUUCAGAAACCGAACCCACCAAAACCAGAAGACCUGAGUAUCAUUUGCUUCACCAGCGGCACAACAGGAAACCCCAAAGGAGCGAUGCUGACUCAUGAGAAUGUGGUCUCCGACACCUCUGGAGUCCUCAAAGCGUUUGAGACUUCAUUUGUUCCAUCGACGCAGGACAUCAGUAUUUCAUUCUUGCCUCUGGCUCACAUGUUUGAGAGGGUUGUCCAGACGGCGGCCUACGGGGCCGGGGCCAGGGUGGGAUUCUUCCAGGGAGACAUCAGGCUGCUGCCCGACGACAUGAAGACCCUGAAGCCCACCAUCUUCCCCGUCGUGCCGCGGCUUCUCAAUCGCGUCUAUGAUCGGGUUCAGUCCGGUGCCAAAACUCCCUUCAGCAAGUGGCUGCUCAACUUUGCCGUGGAGAGGAAAUACGCCGAGGUGAAGGAGGGCAUCAUCAGGAAGAACAGCAUCUGGGACAAACUCAUCUUCAACAAAGUCCAGGCGUCCCUGGGGGGUAAUGUGAGGCUCAUGGUGACCGGGGCGGCGCCCAUUUCUCCACCCGUUCUCAACUUCCUUCGGGCUGCUCUGGGCUGCCAGGUCUUUGAAGCCUACGGUCAGACGGAGUGUGCAGCCAGCUGCACCAUCACGCUUCCAGGAGACGCCACAUCUGGUCAUGUCGGGGCACCUCUGUCAUGCAACGUUGUUAAACUGGUGGACGUUGAAGACAUGAACUACUUUGCUUCAAAUGGGGAAGGAGAAGUCUGCAUAAAGGGCAAAAAUGUCUUCAAGGGCUAUCUAAAAGACCCAGAGAAGACUGCAGAGGCCUUGGAUAAAGAUGGUUGGCUUCAUACUGGAGAUGUUGGAAAAUGGCUUCCAAGUGGAGUUCUGAAGAUUAUUGACCGGAAGAAGAACAUCUUCAAGCUGGCUCAGGGGGAGUACAUCGCACCAGAGAAGAUUGAGAACGUGUACGUCCGCAGUGAGCUGGUGGCUCAAGUGUUUGUGCAUGGAGACAGUCUACAGUCCUGCCUGGUUGCUGUCGUGGUCCCUGAUGCCGAAGCCUUGACAGACUUUUCCAAAAAUCUGGGUUACCGAGGCUCCUUUGAGGAACUCUGCAGAAACUCAGAUGUUAAGAAGGCCAUCAUUUCAGACAUGACCAAACUAGGAAAAGAAGCCGGCCUCAAGUCCUUUGAGCAGGUCAGAGAUGUGCACGUCCACCCGGAGCUGUUCACUGUAGAGAAUGGUCUUUUGACUCCCACCCUCAAAGCCAAAAGGGCUGAGCUGAAAGUCCUCUUCCAACAACAGAUAGACAAUCUUUACUCAGGCAUGCAAUAAAUGGAAUAAAAACAUAAGCAACUCAUCUACUUUAGUCUUGGCUUUUUAUUUUUAUAUUCUCAUAAGUUUCCUUUUUAUUUUUUUUAUUUUUUCAUCUUUAAUUCAUAAUUUUUGCUUUUAAUGAUCAGAGCACUGUAAUAACUUUCU